GAACGCUUCCCUGUCCAUGGUGCAUGUGAAGAUAUCGCAACCCAACACGUCGCCGUGACCUGUUUCCAUAUUUUCUCCCUCCGCCUCCAUGCAAACAUGAGUGCGCGAAUCACGACGUGAAUGAAGGGUGCAUCUCGCUCAGAGCACCACUAUGACCUCCAAUCCAAAUGCCGAGCCAUCACGCAGCCUUCUCCAACGUCACACUACAUCGAGCACGGGAUUCUCGAGUUUGUCGAAUCGAUUUAGCAGUGCGAGUACCGAGACGGGUGAGAGUAGCACGGCAGUAAGCAAACGGAAUAGCCUCAUUACUUCUGGCUUCAGCGAUGGCGUGGCAGACGAGGCGACUAGGCAGAAGGGCAGCUUGGAUGUAGAGAUGCCAAGAAAGGACAGCAGAGGAAGCCACAGGAGUCACAGAAGCAGGAAUAGUGGUGGAUUCCUACUUUCGAAUGCGGGAUUUGACCAGCCUGUUGAAAAUGCUGCGGAAGUACAAGCCCGACAACGACAUUCAACUCAUGAGAGCAAAGGGAAAGCUCCCCUGAGAAGUGCUGAGAAGAAACAUACGAAACGGCGGCCAAAUGUCGGGGCCAGUCUAGGCGGGAGCCCUUUGGCUGCGAACGUUAUCAGCGCUGGGACUGAAUCACCGGAGCACAGUGGCCAUAGGGGAGAUUCUGCCGCGGAUAAAACAAACGAAGGGGACUCUGCCACGAAAGCUGCGGCAACACCGCUGGAUGUGGACUCUGCGCAGAUUGUCAAUCUUGCUUUGAAUCUGAGUGAGAGCAGACGAAAUGCCUCGAGACGGGUCUUGUCACAGCCGCUUCCCCAACUUUCGGGAGGUAUUGGAGACAGCACUGUGGGAGGGAGCUUACGACAACAUCUACAACAGCAACGGCGCGUGCCUCGAAACAUAUCGCCGAAGCCUGAUCGCACAGAACGAGCGUCUCGACUCCCCUCAGGGCAGAGAAUCAACAGUCCUCUACAAGCAGCCUUCGAUACACACCCAGAUGGGCCAUACCAGUACCAUUUUUCAGCAUCUACAUUUGCAAGGGCAGAGAAGGCAAAGAGUGCUAUUGAACUGAUGGCUCAAUAUCGUCGGCUUUUGCAAUUUGUUCCACCGUUAAAACCGCAGACUCUUGAGAGGCUUGACACUGGGAGUACAGCGGGAACUGCUCCUGGUUCACCAACAUUUUCGGCGGCAUCACGGUCUGUCUCAGCCUCUGCUCAAGCUCGGCAACUUGGCAGACCAUAUAACCCAUUGCAAUACAUAAGGAACCGCAAAGUGCGAGCACGGAAUUCGAAAGCGAUAGAUGGCGAGGCGCAAGGAUUUGGAGAUGUUUUCAGGGUCAUGUCUUGGGUGGACGAUGUAACAAAGGAAGCAAUUUCCGCCGAUUAUCAAGCCGCAGACUGCUUGAUGUUACCUGCAUUCCCCAAAACUGCUGAAGAUGCAGCGUCUCCUCACACUUCACCUCCAUCAGCCGGCAAGACUCAAACUACGAGCGCGAAGAUCAGGCGUCCUAGGAUAGACUGGGUCACCAAUCCGGCAGAUAUGAUUGCUGAUAUUUUCUGGCUGGAGCAAGAUGACAACAAGAAACUCAUUGAGGAUCAUCAUGGAAGAAUAAUCUUUCCCCAACGAACGGAGCUAAGAAGGCCAAUUUCAAGAAGAAGUGAGGAGCCAGAGCCGAAAAUGGCACCUAGUCCAGCUGUCGUCAAGAAAGAGACGCCCGAACCGAACCUCCGCAUAGACACGAAAUUGCCAGAGUUCAAGUCAGUCAAGCCUGACUCCGACAAGGCAUACGAUAGCCCAGCAUCGAGGGCACGGCAAAAGUUGCGGGACGUUCGUGAUGCUACACGCAUUCAUCACCGUAAUAAUGGCUCAAUAAAUGAUCGUCGGUUUCUACGGUCUCGUAGUCGGUCGGACUCGGACUCCUCGGACAGUGAUAUGGGAAGGCAAAGGAGAAGACGAAGUGGGACGGUAAGCAGCGCGGAUCGUGGCAGGGAUAUUCUCGAAAGGCAGAUGAUGGAGAUGCUGGCCAAAGAAGCUAAGCAGACAGAAUGGGUAAUACCGCAUAAUCCACAAAGCCAACAGAUUGUGGACUCGGCCGAGUCCCGAAGGCCGUCACAGAAUGGGGUUCUCGAUAGAUACAAAACCUCUUCGUCGCCCAGUCACAGCAGAUCCGCGUCAUUGGUGAAGCAGGACAGCCGCUUGAAACGAGAUUCUCUGAAGAGAGGCUCAUCAGGAAGAGCGAGUCUUGAGGUGCCGGGUGGAAACCCAAGAAGGUCUCUGGAAUUCGAUUCCACUGCCCCAAAUUCGCCGGAAACGAAAGCUUCAAAAGCCGAGUAUGCCUUUGUUCCGAGCAUUGCGAUGGAUUUGUCUCCACCGAGAAGCAGGAAUACAUCUCCGAGCCACAGACCGCUGUCUAAAGUCAGGUCGAAAAUUCUGCCAUUCUACGAGCGAACCCGUGACUCUAGUCGUGUACGUGGUGAAGAUGAGAUUCACGAGAUCCUCUCUGGCUCAAAAGAGCCUACUCCUGAAAGUCCAGAUACGCCAGAAGACCGACAACGAUCACGAAGCCCAAUCAAACGAGUAGAGUCCCGGAAGACAGAUGACAGCUCGAAGCUAAGCAGGAGAGCUGGCAGUAUACGUCGAGGAAAGGGAGAGGAUUCGGGGAUUCGGGGCUUGUUCAAAGGCAGCAAGAACCCUGUCACUAGGGUGAGCGACUUUUUCUGGAAGAAGGAGUCUACUGGCAUUUCGUCGGGGUUUUCUACAGACGAGUCGGACACUGAGGAUGUGCGAUCAUCUCAGACGAAGUCAGAGAAGAAAGGCUCCCGUGAAAGUUCUGCUGGGACACCCCUUGACGAGUUUGAUGCCAUCGCAGCACGGAAAGAGAAGCCAUCGUUCAUUCUUGACAUGCCUGUCUUCACAUCGCCUUUUGAUCGGCGUGGUAGAUCUACACGACCUAAAGAUGAUCCAGUCUCACCAGAGCCAUCAAUGAGCCAAGAGAAACAGGCACGAGAGGAGAGAAGAAAGUUCUCUCGAGCCCAUCUCUUGGAUCUACCACCACGGAUUGAUGUCCAGUCUGCCUCUCCUACCUCAUCACCUGAUCUUGGUGCGAUGGAUCAUUCCCAUAGGGAUUCGUCUGUCUCGGAUAUCGAAUCGACAAGAGGCAGUUACUCGAAUGGUGUUCACGACGCAGAUGCACGUCUGAACGCGAUCUUGGGCUUACGCCGAAACGCUCUACCGAUCACUGGUCUAUCUAGUUUGGAAACAAGUCAUGAUACACGUCCAUCACUGGAUGGCAAGCGACAAUGGUCCAUCUCCGACCGUGGCACCUCCGUCAACCGUGGUCCCAUGACAAAGCGAGAGAUUGCCCGCGUGCGAGCCCUUCUCCUCUCCUCCGGCAUCAAAGCCAAAGAAAUCUCCCGUCGAGCAGCCGCUCCCAAAGAUAUACGAACCGAUGAAGGCUCACGGUACAAAGACGUCGCCCUCCUCGCCAAGGAAGAGCUCAAGCUUGUACCGAAAAGCCAAGAGCAUCGCCUCGCUGCAAAGAUCAUCUCUGAAGAUAUCCAGCUCUCGUCGCAGAUGUGGCACGCGUCAGCUGAAACCUUCUGCAAUACCACUGUCUCUGAACUGCUCGAUAAAAUCGAGACUCUUCGUUCACGAGUUGGCGAUACGCUCACGCCUCUUACAAGGAAAGCGGCUGAUGAGGCGGAUGAAGUGUCUAAGGAUCUGGUUACGAGCCAAACGUUGCAGGUGAAGAGUAUCAGUGAUACGAUCGCGAAGAUGAUGCGGAGACGGAGCAGGAAGUUCAGAUGGUUAAGACGCGGGGGCUGGGUGAUGGUGGAGUGGGCGCUGGUGGGCGUUAUGUGGUGGCUUUGGUUUAUGGUUGUGCUUGUCAGGGUUGUAAUGGGGGUUGGGAGGGGCGCAGUUGCGGCGGUUAGGUGGUUGUUUUGGUUGUAGAGAUUGGAUUCCUGUGUUAGUGAGAAGUGGCCCAUGAGGGGGUUGUGAUGAGGGUUGUGGUUUGCGGUUUGCAUCAGUGUGGGAUGGCAUUUGAUACCCGAUCAGUUAAUUGUAAUGAUGUGUGCACAUACUCCUGUCGAAAUUGAAGCCAGCUGCUUAUCUGUUCUUUUUUUG